AUGGACACAAACAACGACAAUGCUGCUAGCGUCAGCAGCGGUGGAGGCGGUAGUGGCUCCGGUGGCGGUAACAACACCUUCGAGGACUUUGUUUCCCAGUUCAACGCGCGCGUCCAAAUACAGCAAAACCUCCAGCAGCAACUACAGUACCUCCCGCAGCCGGCAUCGUUCCAGUAUUUCGGCCUUACCUCCAACCUAACGCCAACCGCGGCCGAGUUUGUACCCCGUAAGUACCAAGCGGAACCUACCGGAAAUGUAGCACCACCGGAAGUAGCCGCACUAGAGUCCGCGAUGUAUCAUGCACCGGUGCCAACAUCGGCCAUUCCACCGUUUCCCAUUUCGACCGUGGAUGAUGACUACGACAGGGAUGAUGCACGAGCCGGUCCUUCCAGUCGGUACGGUGCCGGACGAAACGGAUCAGACCGUACGCGAAGAAACGAAAGCCUAAAGCCACGGAACGGUUGGCACUCGCGUGACGAUCGUACAGUGGGACGCGCCGGUAAAUGGAAAACCAACCAACAGACAGCCGGAAGUGGACGGCUGCGUGGUCACGCCGACGACGAUUACACCGAUGAAUACUCGUCCCGCAGCGGCGAUGGAUCAUCUCGACGAGCCGGAGGAUCGAGACAGUGGGGAAACCGCAACAUCACCACAGACGAUUCGGGUGCAGAAAAUGGACGGCCAAACGUCCCUGCGAAAGUGGAUAAGCGAUCCACAGCUGAUUAUCCUUCGUCCACACCGCUGUCGAAGUGCUCCCAGCGUGAGAAACUUAUGCGCGAAAUCGAAUGCUAUCGGCUGGAGUGUUUGGUGUGCUGCGAGAUCGUUAAACCGAUGCAAUCCACCUGGUCCUGCGCGAAUUGCUACCACAUACUGCAUCUUGGGUGCGUAACGCGUUGGGCGACGAGUUCCCAGGCGGAAGACGGAUCCGGUUGGCGCUGUCCCGCUUGCCAGAACGUCACGAAGAAGAUCCCGCGCGAGUACUUCUGUUUCUGUGGAAAGCAAAAGAACCCCACGUACAAUCGUGACGAUCUGGCGCACUCGUGCGGGGAAACUUGCGAGCGUCGCGAUUUCUGUGACCAUGCCUGCACGCUUCUCUGUCAUCCGGGUCCUUGUCCACCAUGUCAGGCUUCGGUGCAACGACGUUGCGGUUGCGGACGUCUCGAGAAGCUGGUCCAAUGUUGCUUGAAAGAGGAUCUGCUGUGUGGGGCCACUUGUGAUAAACCGCUCAACUGCGUGCUUCAUCACUGUGGCAAGCAGUGCCACGCCGGAAGCUGUGAGACUUGUGCCGAGCAGGUUCAACACAAUUGUCACUGCGGAAAGGACGAACGCAUGGUGGCGUGUAGCGUGGAACACCUCGAGAAAACCAGCUACGGAUGUGGGAAACCCUGCGAACGUCCGCUUGCCUGCGGUAACCACCAAUGCCAGCGUUUAUGCCACGAAGGCGAAUGCGAUCCGUGUGCCGAUGCACCCGAGCGUGUCCUCAGCUGUCCGUGUGGUCGUCAGGCAAUCGAACGCGAUAGCCGUACGUCCUGUCUGGAUCCGAUUCCGACCUGUUCGGGUAACUGCGGCCGGAAGCUGAAAUGUGGCCCACCCGGUGCGAAUCAUUGCUGUGAGGUUCCUUGCCACCGGGGUGACUGCCCACCCUGCAAGAAAUCCACCACCGUCAAGUGCCGUUGUGGCAGCAUGGAUCAACCGAUGAAGUGCAAGGACCUCACGACACGUGCUGAUGACGCACGGUGCAAGAAACGGUGCGUACGACGGCGCAGCUGCGCCAAGCACAAAUGCAAUCAGCUGUGCUGUAUAGAUUUCGAUCACAUCUGCCCGAAAACGUGCUCGUUGCCACUUUCCUGCGGCCGGCACCGUUGUGAUAAGCCCUGCCACAAGGGCAACUGCCAGCCGUGUCACCGCGUGUCCUUCGACGAGCUGACGUGUGAUUGUGGCGCAAGUAUCAUCUACCCGCCGGUGCCUUGUGGCACAAAGAAACCACCCUGCGAUAGACCAUGCAGUCGGCGGCAUUCGUGUGACCAUGCGGCCCUACACAAUUGCCACGCGGAACCGGAAUGUCCUCCGUGUGUCGUCCUCACGAGCAAAUACUGUCAUGGACGACAUGAACAGCGCAAAACCAUCCCGUGCUAUCAGGAUUCGUUCAGCUGCGGUAUGCCAUGCACCCGACCACUUCCUUGUGGCCGGCACAAGUGCAUCCGGGCGUGUCACGAAGGCGAAUGCAUGCUGGAGGGUGCCGUUUGUAAGCAAAACUGCACGACCGCCCGGGAAACGUGUUCGCAUCCGUGUAAUGCACCGUGUCACGAAGGCGCCUGUCCCGAGGUGGCCUGCCGAAUCAUCGUGGAGGUGACGUGUGAAUGCGGACACCGAAAGCAGCAACGGACAUGUCACGAUUUCUCCAAAGAGUACCGUCGGAUCGCAUCGGCUCAGCUAGCUUCGUCGGUGCAGGAAAUGCAACGGGGCGGUUCCGUCGAACUGAGCGACAUUUUGGGACCGGUGCGACCGAAAAGCAACAAAACCUUGGAGUGUAACGAAGAGUGUCGAAUGCUCGAGCGUAACCGCCGAUUGGCAAUAGCGCUGCAGAUCCGUAACCCAGAUCUACCAUCAAAACUGCAACCGAACUAUUCGGAAACGCUUCGAGCCUACGCGAAGAAAGACCCGGCCUUGGUGCAGAUGAUUCACGAGAAAUUGACCGAGCUGGUGAAGCUGGCGAAGGAAAGCAAGCAGAAAUCACGCUCCUACUCCUUCCCGGUGAUGAAUCGUGAGAAGCGCUCCAUCGUGCAAGAGAUGUGUCACAUGUUUGGGGUCGAAUCGGUGGCCUAUGAUGCUGAACCGAACCGGAACAUCGUCGCAACGGCGGAUCGUGCUACGUCGUGGCUACCAAGCAUGAGCCUAAUGGAGGUGCUGCAACGAGAGAGCGGCCAACGGCGGAUUGUCGUACCGAGCAUGAAUGCCUGGGGAAAGCCAAGCUACGCGAGCACUACCAACAUGAGCAGCAAGUAAUGAGGCCCAAUCACCUCGUUGUAUCGACGAACAAACAACCCCAUUUCCGCUAGGGACUUGAAGCAAUGGCCUAAUUUUCUUCCUUUACAAAGUAGCAGCAACGCAAUCGGGGAAGGUGAAUCAUUUUCGGUUUCUUCAUUUCUCACUGGUCUACAACUACAUUUCGAUUGUAAUAAACUAAACGAGUCCAAAGAC